AUGAAACUUAUAACUUCCCUUUUCUUUUUAUUUUUAUCAAUUAACUUUAUUUACUCAGUAGAAGAUGCUUGCUUUAGUAAUUUAAUGGGUAAAAUAAAUGAUACAAGAUUACAAGGCACGACAACACCUGCACAAGCGUGCUCUAAGAAUAUUUAUCUAUUUUCAUGUGACAGCAAUGGUUAUUUUACUGAAAUUGGAUUUAAUGAUAUAAAUACUGUAAAAAACACAAUUUCAUGGAGUGACAUUAGUUGUUUUUCCAAAGUUUCUUCAAUUAAUUUAGGUAUGCUCAAAUUAAGUGAAAAUUUUCUCUCUGAAAUCAACAGACCCAUUCAAAGUUUGAGAUUAGAUGGUACAAACAUUGUUUCAAUCAAUAAUCCAAUUCCAGUUGUAAUUCAAAGAUUUAGCAUUGAUACAUUAUUGUCAGCAAAAGCAAGUUGUUUAAAAAAUGUAAUUUCAUUGUCUGUGGAUGAUAAAAAAGAUUUUAAUCUUGUGGUUGAUGGUAAUCAAACAGAUAGUAAUUUUAAAUCAUUUACUUUUGCAACCAGUAAUGUUCCAGAUUUAUCAAACUUUUCAUUUUUUCAAAUUUGUAACUUAAAAUUCUUUUUACCAGUAAAUAUGUCCACAAUGCCAAAUUUGGAUAUUUUUUUAAAAAAAUUUUUUGGAAAUGAGAUUAAACUAUUAGCACCAAACUACAUUGAUUUAUCAAAUAACGUAAACACAAGAAAUGUCUAUAGAAUGUUAAUGUCGUUUGGAUAUGGAGGUUUAGAUAAUAAGUUUAAUGUAGAUGGAAAUUUCCCAUUUAUCGCACUCCCUAAAAACUUUAGAUCCGCAUAUAUAGAUGUAUUCUAUGGAAAUUUUAGCACUGUUCCAGAUUUAAAUAUCUUUAAGGAUUAUGGAACUAUUGACAAAACUGUUAGUUUUAGAAACUGCAAAAUUGGAGGAGCCCUACCACAAAAUCAUGGCUAUUUUAAGGGGAUAGAUCAAUUUAUUGUCCUAGGUAACAAUUUAAGUGGUACUUUUGAUAAAUCCUGGUGUACUGGUGUUUCCCUCGAUAUUUCAAACAACAAAUUCUCAGGUGAAUUACCAAAAUGUGUUUUUUGUUAUUUAUUUUAUUUAACAUUUAUAUUUUUAUACCAUAUAGAUACCAUUACCCCAAGCAUUAAAAUCACCGCCAACUACACAUCCUAUCUCUAUUUUAAUAUUGUUGGUGAAAAUUUAGGCUAUGAUAUUUCUAAUAUUGUAACAGUACCAAAUAUUUUUCCAACUUAUAGCAACCUUGGUGAUACAAUUAAGGGUAGUUUAUAUUUUUCACCUUCUGAUAAUAUAAUUAAGAAAAUUAACAUGACUAUAGUUUCGUUAAAUUUAACCUACACUUUAUCAAUCUCUAACACACCACCAAUUAUCUAUCAAAUGACCCAAUAUAACGAUACCUUGAUAUUCACUGGUGAAUACUUUGCAUACAACACAAGCGAAAUAACCAUUACUAUCGAUAACUAUCAAGAAUGUCAUGUCAUCCGAUCAACCUUUUACAGUGUCGUAUGCGUUUUAGAUAAACAACUCAGAGACGAUGGCUUAAGACCUACCAAUAUUACCGUCAAUGGAUUAACAACUAUCGCAGACUUUGAAUACAAGUAUAUCUCUUACCCUUGCUUGGAUUGCUUUAAUGUUACUAACGGAUAUUGCAACACAAUUAAUGCUACAUGUGAAUGCUACAAAGGUUAUACAUCUGCUAUUGGCUAUGGUAGAUGCGGAAUUCCACGUCACUAUAUUUCAGCUGUUGUUCCUGUACCAUCAAAGACUGGCGGUAAUCUUGUAUUCCUUGGUUGGUUUGGUUCAAUCCAUGACAAUUUAUCCAUUAAAAUUGAUAAACACUACUGUGAAAUCGACACAAUUAAUAGUAAAGUUAUCAUCUGCUCAAUUGGUUCCGGAUCCGGUAUUCAAUCUAUAACAAUGACUCAAAAUAAUUUAGAAUCGCAAUCAUAUUUCACACCAUAUUACGAACCAGUUAGACAAACCUACUUUGAAAUAGAAAUCGAAGAUAAAUCCAUCUUAGAUGUAUGGACAUCGAUUAACUUCCCAACAAUUGGUGGUGAAAAUGAAUACGUAUCACCCUCAAAUAUUUAA